AUGCCCAAGGUCAGCAAGCAGUUUAAAAAGUUUGCCUCGUCGGGCAAGCUCACGGACACGAUCAAGAAGCGCAGGCACCACCAGCAGGCCAAGUCCAAGUUUGAAAACCAAAAGGAGCAGCGCAAGCACCAGCGCGGUGCGGCGCGCCCGGAGCACGAGGUCUCGGACGACGAUGAGGAGGAGGACGAGGAGGCCGCCAUGGAGCGUGCCAAGCUCAAGACGAUGGGCGGCAAGACGGGCGGCGUGGCGCGUACGGUCGACGAGCUGUUUGGCGCCGGUGGCCUGGACGUGCCUAUCGACGCUGGCAGUGACCUCGAGGACCUGAGCGAGGACGAGGACGACGAGGACGAGGAUGACGAGGACCUUGAGGGCGGCGACGAGGACGAUGACAUGGAUGAGGCGGCUAUGGAGCGCGCAAUGGCCGAGCUCGAGAAGAAGGACCCGGAAUUCUUCAAGCACCUCAAGGCCGAGGACCCCGAGCUCCUUCGUUUCAGCAAGGGCAAGGGCCGCGCCGACGCCAUGGACGAGGACGACGACGAGGAUGUCGACGAGGAGGACGAUGACGAGGACGAGGAGAUGGACGAGGACGUCGAGGUGGCCGAGGUCAAGAAGAUUGUUGUCACCACCAAGAUGCUCCGCGGGUGGCGUAUGGCCAUGCUCAAGCAGCACUCGUUCCGUUCGCUGCGCAAGACUCUUAUUGCGUUCCGUGCGGCGGCCCACAUGAACGAGGACGACGGCGAGCAGGGUGCUGGUCUCGACACCAAGUACACCAUUCCUUCCGCCGCCGUGUUCAACCAGCUUGUGGUCACUGCUCUCAAGUUUACCCCUGUCGUCCUCGCGGCCCACGUCCCUUACAAGACUCUGCCCAACGGCAGGACAAGGCUUCAGCCCGCCAAGAAGAGCGCUCCUGCCAACCUUGACCGCACCAUCCUGAGCCACUUUACGACUCUGAUCCACCUCAUCAAGUCGCUCCCCACUACCCCCUCGGCCCUUGCUGGCGAGGACGACUCCGAGGCCGGCUCGCUCUUGGUUACCGCCGUGUCUGAGAGUGCCAAGCUCCUGCCAUGGGUUCUCAGUGCCCGCAAGCACGUUCGCGCAUACCUCAAGACCCUCCUCGACCUGUGGUCUAGCGCCUCGGACUCUGUGCGUAUCGCCGCCUUCCUCGCUAUCCGCAAGAUGUUCGUUGCCGGUGACGACGCCAUCAAGGACCUCUGCUUGAGCAACAUGUACCGCGCCCUCCUCCCUCCCAUGCGCCUCACCUCGGUCCACACCCUUCCCUCGCUCAACCUUAUGAAGAACACUGCAUGCGAGCUGUACCAGCUCGAGCCCCAGCUCAGCUACCAGCACGCCUUCAGCUUCAUCCGUAUGCUCGCUGUCCACCUGCGUACCGUCGUCCGCUCGUCGACCUCGGGUAAAGGUGGUGAGGACGGCCAGGCCUUCCGCGCCGUCUACAACUGGGCCUACGUCCACUCGAUCGACUUCUGGUCGCAGGUCCUCGCCGGUGCCGCCAGUGUCGAGGCCCAGGCCGCUCGCGGUGGUCUCGAGAGCCCCCUCAAGCCUCUCAUCUACCCCCUGACCCAGAUCGCCCUCGGUGUUGUGCGCCUCCUCCCUUCGUCGCGCUACUUCCCUCUCCGCUUCCACAUUAUCGCGAGCCUCAUCCGCCUCACCUCCCUCACCGGCACCUACAUUCCCCUCUCGCCCUUCCUCCUCGAGAUCCUCGACUCGCCAGAGUUCCGUCGCUCCAACCCCAAGAAGGCGACCCUCAAGCCCCUCGACCUCGCGUACGUCAUCCGCGCCCCGGCGUCCUACCCCAAGACUCGCGUCUACCAGGAGGUUCUCGGCGACGAGCUCGUCUUCCUCCUCGGCGAGUACCACGCUCAGCUCUCGACCAACAUUGCCUUCCCCGAGCUCGCCCUGCCCGUCAUCACCUCGAUCAAGCGCCACAUCAAGCGCGGUACCGCCGGCUCGCCCAAGGUCGCCAACCAGUUCAAGGUGCUUGUCGACAAGCUCGACGCCUCGCGCGUGUGGGUCGAGACCAAGCGCCGCAACGUGUCGUUUGCGCCCCGCGACCGCUCCGAGGUCGCCCGCUUCCUCGAGGGCACCAAGCCCGAGGCCACCCCGCUCGGCGGCUGGAUGCGUAUCCAGCGCAAGGUCCGUGACCAGCGUCGCCGCGAGGUCGAGAAGGCGCUCCGUGAGGUGCGCGAGCAGUCGGACGACGACGAGUAA